AUGGCUGCUCCUCUCCGAGGAACAUCCUUCGAGAAGUCCACAAAAGAAGGAUUUCACAGGUUUUUGGAGUUCGAUUCUUUCUUUGAUCAUUUUGUACCAAUUCAUUCACGGCGCAAACCUCAACUCCUCCCAAACCAAUAUGACCUCUCUUGUCGUGACGAGCAUCGCGCAAUCUUGUCAAGGGUCCUUCAGAUCAUGCUGGGUCAACUUCUUUUUGCCAUCAAGCUCCAAGGUAUCCCUCCACAGCCUAAUCCCGAGCUGAGCUUGAAACUCGACGAGCGGAAAGCACAAUGCGUGGCCGUGAGGAAGUUCUCCAGGUUCGCUAGGGUUGACAGCAUCAACCAAGAAAUGGAGGCUCUCGCGGCCAGCUUGGACAAUGAUUCCUCUAGUGGGAUUGUCAAGGACAAUUAG